CAACUUUCGUCACUACACAUUCUAUCGUCUCUUUCUUAUAAUUGAACUCCUUCGUACUACUUAUUCAUGAGCCAUUUGUGUACUACUUUCAAUUGUUAAUUGGGCAUGUUGUGAAGUUGGAAAAUAAAUAUGUUUCUUGUUCGGCUUCUUCUUCCAGCUUCAAUCGUCAUGACCGUUUGCUUUGCAACUUUUGCUUCCGGAGCCCCUGAUCAACUGCCCCCUGAUGAAGUGCAAGCUUUACGUGACAUAUUGCAUACGUUGGGGAAGAAGGACUGGGACUUCUCUAACCCAUGUAAUAGUAAUGUACCACCAACGGACGACAUAAAAGAGAUUGCUGCUGUUAGCUGCAGCAACUGCACCUUCGGCAAUGGCAACGUGUCGUACCGCGUUGUGGGCAUUGGCAAAGACUGGAAUUCGUCGAAGUCCACAACGUGCCAUGAAGAAACCAAACCCUUGAGGAGUUCGACAUAUCCAAAGGGUUCUCCACCAGCAGUAGCUGUUGUAAAGAGUGUGUUGAAGAAAAUCUCAACUCUUGUCACAUUGCUCGACGUGACUACAUAUCUCAAUUGAGAAAAGAUGGACACCCAUCCAUUUAUGGCUUUGGAGGGAAAAGGGGGAACGAUUGUAGUCAUUGGUGUCUUCCUGGUGUCCCUGAUACAUGGAAUCAACUCUUAUACGCAACUCUUAUCACUCCAUGAAAUUCAAAAAAUAAUUAGAACUUUUUAACCAAACUGUAUUGGUAAUACGCAUACUAUUUCUCU